AUGCCCGACUUCACGACAUUGGCCAGUCACGACCCCCGGUACCCCGCCCCUAACAAGUUUCUGCCCGCCGUGCACACAGCCGUCGGAAACAUCCUGCACGCAACUGGGCUGGAGGAAUUGAUCAUGAAGACAAUGCAGAACACUAGGAGGCAAUGGCAGCCACGCUCUCGCGAAGGACGGGCGCACCGAUGCACCUUUCACCGGCCUACAAGGAAAAGUAUUCUCGUCAUUUUAGGUCCGGGCAACCCGGCGCGGAAAAUCGACCACAUUGCUUCCCCAACGACAGAUCGAGUCAUCGAGACAAAGCAGCCGGAUGACAAGAAGAAGACAAGAACAAGGGAUACGCGAUGUGGUGGAGCGAUUGAUUUAGCAGCUUGCGUUGAUUUCGAUGAGGUGGAUGAUGUUUCAAGGAGGUUUGCUAUGCUGGCGUUAGAAGAUAAGCGUGGGAGAUCCCCUAAGAGAGGUCAGCAAAAGACGAAUGCCUGGCUCUCCUGGGUCUUCCUCUGGAGCAGUGCCAGGCUGCGUUGUUUGCAGCGCAAGAAGACUGAGGCGCUGAAGCUGGGUUUGCCUAGUGAGCCAGGGCAAGACGAUGAGGAAGAUAAGCAGGAAGCUGACCCUAUGGAAAUCCAGGCCACAGGAUUUUGA